AUGGCCUCGGUGCCCGUGUACUGCCUGUGCCGCCUGCCCUACGAUGUCACCCGCUUCAUGAUCGAGUGCGACGGCUGCCAGGACUGGUUCCAUGGCAGCUGCGUGGGGGUGGAGGAGGAGGCGGCGGCCGAGAUCGACCUCUACCACUGCCCCCAGUGCGCCGUCCUGCGGGGGCCCUCCGUCAUGAAGCGUCGCCGGGCCCCCCCGAAACCGGCGCCGGUGGAUGUGGAUGCGGGCCGCCCCGUGCGCACCGGCAGCGCCCAGUUCGUGCGGGAGCUGCGGGGCCGCACCUUCCCCAGCGCCGACGAGGUGCUGCUGAAGCCCAGCGGGGCGCAGCUGACGGUGGAGUACCUGGAGGAGAAGACCUUCAGCGUCCCCAUCCUGGUGGCCCGCAAGGAGGGGCUGGGCAUGACCUUGCCCCCCCCCACCUUCUCCGCCCGCGACGUCGAGCACUACGUGGGAGCGGAGAAGGAGAUCGAGGUGAUGGACGUGGGGCGCCAGGUGCCGCUGAAGAUGAAGCUGGGCGACUUCGUCACCUACUUCUGCGGCACCCGUCGGGACCGCGUCCUCAACGUCACCGGGCUGGAGUUCUCUGACACACGGCUGUCGAACGUGGUGGAGACCCCCCGCAUCGUGCGCAAGCUCUCCUGGGUGGAGAACCUGUGGCCGGGGGAGUCGGCGCGGGAGCGGCCGAGCCUGCAGAAGUUCUGCCUGCUGGGCGCCCGCGACAGCUUCACCGACUUCCACGUCGACCGGGGGGGGGCCUCAGCAUGGUGCCACGUCCUCAGGGGCGAGAAGAUUUUCUACCUGGCUCGCCCCACGGCCGCCAACCUGGGGCUCUUCGAGGCCUGGAGCAGCUCCCGAAACCAGGGGCAGCUUUUUUUCGGGGACCAGGUGGACCGCUGCUACCGCUGCCCCCUCCGCCAGGGCCAGACCCUCUUCAUCCCCACGGGUUGGAUCCACGCCGUGCUGACCCCCGUCGACUGCUUGGCGUUCGGGGGCAACUUCCUGCACAGCCUCAACAUCGCCAUGCAGCUCAAGGCGUACGAGAUCGAGCGGCGCCUGAGCACGGCCGAGCUCGGCACCUUCCCCAACUUCGAGACCAUCUGCUGGUACGUGGGCAGGCACCUGCUGGACACCUUCCGAG